AUGACAGUGGCCGUCUCGCAUUGGACGAGGAGCCCCGGCACGAGUGUCAGUCUCUGCUCGCACCCGACAGACUACGGCGACAUGGCCUACUCGGAAGUCCAGUUCUCAGUAGAUUCAAUGGAUGAGGACAAAGACGGUAGCGGGGGCCAGUUUCACCUGCCCUGGGGAGAAGAGACAGAGGGAGCUGGCGGGGGAGGAUCGGGCUCGGGUGCGGCCCACGGCGACAGCCUCUUCUUCGAGGACUUCGUCGACCUGGAGAGGCUUUCUUCGACGACCACCGGGGGUGACGAGCUCCCUCCCUCUGCUGCCAUGCCCGACUCGUUCUUCUACAACAUGCCACUCCCCGCCCAUGGGUCCGCGUCGACGACAAGCGUAUCGGACGAUCUGGACGACAUACUAAGUUGCCACACACAUCCGCUCAUGGAAACUAGGACUAGCGCCGCAGCAGGUCCCGCUGCCACAUUAGUGCCAUCAUCAGCAGCCGCUAGAGGCGGGGCGGCGACUUCAGACGCGGUGGUACCGUCUGCUGUGGGCGUUCCGGGUAUCCAGUCUUCAUGGACGAUCGACCGUGGAAAAGAAGAACAAAGGAAGACUUCGACCUAUCCGGACACAGCUCACGCUGGCGGGGCCGAGUCGAUCUCUGACUCUGAGCUCCUGCGCCUGGAAGGCAUAUCGUUGAAAGCGUCGCCAUCUCGCGCUCCAUCUGUCGUCGUUUCCCAUCCUCCCACUCCUCUUCUUCAAGCUUCGUCCGCUACCAGCAGUAACAGCAACCUCCACCUUGCCGGCAACAGCAAUCAGACCAAUACUAGCAGCAACAGUCACACCAACGGUGGUCGUAAGCCGAGCAACUUCUUCAAGGUUGUCGCAUCGAAACUGCAGCAGAAAGCUGCCUCUGUCCGCCAUAAACAACCAACCAUGUCUACCGUCGCCAUCGACAGCAGGGGUACCCUCUCCCCCAACGCCUCACCCCGCAAGUUCAAGCUCCGCCCCGAGCAUCUCCAGAACCUCGGCGGUCCUCACCCCGCAAGACUUCCCCUGUCCCCUCCCAACAGUGCCACUAUUCCCCAGGACCUGCCUUCCGCAUCAUCAGCCGGCGGCAACCCCCUGUCCUUUGGCUGUGGCUUCAUCGAAGACCCCUUCUUCGAUGCUGGCGUGGCCGUCAACCACGUCCCCGUAUUCCGCCGCAGCGAUCCUACCACGCCACUGGACACUCCCGUUCUGGAUGACAAGGGCGGCAUGUUCUAUCACCACCAGCAGAUGAACUCCGGUAACGUCGCCAACACCAGCAAGGCUUCCUGGCCAAUGGCCACAACAACUCCCCAGACCGACUCUCAUGUCGCUUGGUCCAAUGCCUAUGCCACCACGGAUGGCAUCGACGACCAGUGGUGGGGUGGAAACAACAUGGACUUGACAUCCAACUCACAAUAUCAAGCACAGAACGCUCGCAAUGCCACCUUCAACCUCGCCAUGCACACUCAACACAGUGAACUGCCAUACGAAUACAACAACAUCGCCGCCGCCGGAAACGAAAUGUCAGGACUUAUGAUUCACAUGCCUCAACCCCGUACCACAUCGUCACCCAUCGUCCACUACCAACCCCAACAGCCACUUCACCACCAGCAACACCCUCAACAGAUGACGGAACGCCGGCCCCGCAUGCCCCGUGCCCCCUCGGCGGGCGCCCGGCACAUGUGCCUUUCAACGCCGAUGCGCAAGACCCGCAACCCGAGCCGCACACGUCAAGCCAGCCGCGACUCCUCAACGUCGCCCACGCCUACGAACCGCUCCCGUCACAGCAGCGGCGGCUCGUUGUCCAGUAUUGGUGCUGGUGGUGCCGCCCUCAGCGCCAGCGUCAAGAAGCGCCGGUCCUGGUCUCGUCGCGAAAGCAUGCGCACUCCUUCCAUCGGCAACUUGGGCGGUGCAUCUGAGGGUGUCGGCUUCGUCAACUUUACGCCCAGCGAUAAGAACGUCCUCAUGACCGGUGUGGCGCCCAGUGGAAGUUCGAAGACCAAGGCCCGUCGGGAGAAGGAGGCGAUGGAAAAGCGACGGAGACUGAGCGAAGCAGCUAUCAAGGCCGUCAAGGCCGCAGGCGGCGAUGUGGACAAACUGGUCGAGGAAGGGUUCGUCUUCUAA